AUGGCAUCCAACGCGCAGAAUCGGAUUAUCGUCGUGCUUGGGUCUACAGGACACCAAGGCAGAGGUGUAGUGAGUUCUCUUUUAAGUGAUAGCGCACGGGAACUGUGGAACGUCCGCGCUGUCACCAGGGAUGUCAACUCCGUCUCAGCUCAACGUCUUUUGAAUGAUUUUCAAACCCCUGACCACCGUCUGAGCCUUAUCACUGGAGACUUCUUUGAUGAAGAGAGUCUUCAGGUCGCCUUCUCCGGGGCUUAUGGUGUCUUUGCGGUGACGAGCGAGACUAAUUCAAGAACGAUUGAACACGAAGAUGACCUGAAGCAGGAGCUCGAAAGCGGGAAGAAUAUUAUUUCUGCCGCAAAGAUUUGCCGCAUUCAGCACUUUGUUCUUAGUAGCUUGCCAGAUAUGAAACGAGCGACUUCAGGUCGCUUUGAUAAGCUUUUCCACAUGGAUCAUAAGUUUAUUAUUGAGCAAUUGGCGAAGCAAGACCUAUCUGCGGUCACUUGCCUUCUUCCUGGUCUCUUCUUUACCAAUCUGGAUUGGUCGCAUUAUUGUCGAAGAGAAGCAAAUGGGGUCGUUCGUUUUUGUCCUCCGAUUCCGUCGACAAAAUUAGUUGAAUGGGUUGAUCCUGUUUAUGAUAUGGGUAUUUUCGCUGCAGUCGUUUCCGCUAAGGAAGACCUGAUACCUUAUCCUAUGCCUUGCGAUGAGAGACUGAGAGAAAGUCUCUCAGAGGUAUUUGCUUUAGGCAUUGUGAAAACAAAGAACAAAAAUUAUGUCUGCUGCAGUCCGAAAUUACGGAUGGACGAAUUUGCCUCCACCUUUACUCGGGUCACUGGCCAGCCAGCGAUUUAUUCCCCAAUUUCGAUCGAUGAGUGGGCUGGUUUGGCUUCUAGAGCGGUAGGAAACGGAUUUAAGGAGGAUAUUCGCCAAAUGAUGGAAUGGAUUUCGAUAGCGCCAGAGGACAAGAUUUGCUACGGGGCUCUUGAUCCAGCCGAAGACUCUUCUUGGGAGGAUCUCCACCUACAAGCUAGUACUUUCGAAGAUUGGUUGAGACGUUCUGGUUGGAGAGGACCUCCAGAGGGAAUUCCGUGA